ACUUCAAGACGGUCGGAUUGCGCGCUCUCGUUUGCCUUUAGUUCGUCGGUUCGUUCAGUUCGCUUCGUGCUAGAGAGACCCCGUGCCGUGGACUUUCACGAUGGCCAGCAACACCCAGGGUAUCCAGCAGCUUCUGGCCGCGGAAAAGAAGGCCGCCGACAAGGUUGGCGAAGCGCGCAAACGCAAGGCACGUCGUCUAAAGCAGGCCAAAGAUGAGGCCACGGAGGAGAUCGAAAAGUAUCGUGCCGAGCGGGAGCGCACCUUCAAGGAAUUUGAAGCUAAACACGUCGGAUCGCGCGAAGGUGUCUCGAACAAGAUCGACGCCGACACUCGUGUCCGCAUCGACGAAAUGAACCGUGCCCUGACAACGCACAAGGAACCGGUCAUCAUGGACGUGCUGUCCUUCGUGUACGCCAUCAAGACGGAGGUGCACAAAAACCAACGCGACUAG